GCCGGUUCCGCAGUUAACGAAAUACCAGCUGAAGAACUAAAACUGUUACGCUCGCUGAGUACAUAUCGGGACCAUGCGAUGGUCCUCGCAUCAAGAAUUACGUAAGGGACUCCACUGAAAAAUGACUUUCUCGAUCGUGGAAACGGUUCACCUUCUUCUUCGAGGGGGGCACGUUUUGCACAACCCGAUGCGACCAAACAGCGGUGGUGGUCGAGGAACAGCGAAAGCCCACUUAUGUAUAAAAGUCAUUGGAGACUCCCCAAAAUCAAGCAGUUCACUUCUUGAACUUACACACUAAACCUUCCUUCAUGAGCACUACCAUGAAGCAAUUGCUGGUGGUGACAGUCUUAGUCCUCUUCGCAGUGGCGAUAAAUGCCGAGGCAGAGGAGAAGAAAUCUGUAGCCAGCGACAAGAAGCAAACAAAGCGUGGAUUACUGAGCUUGGGAUACGGGUAUGGCAGUGAUAUUGACCACGGAUAUCUAGUUGGUCAAGGUGGUCACGGAUUCGACAAUGGUAUUGGUAUUGGAAGCACUUACGGAAGCUACGAUGGUUUUGCUGCCAUUGAUCUUGGAAGCAGCGUACAGAAAACCGUGACCAUCACUAAGGGUAUCCCAAUUCCAUACCCAGUUGAGAAGCACAUUCCAUACCCAGUUACCAAACAUGUACCCUACCCCGUCAAAGUAUCUGUACCAGCUCCAUACCCAGUCGAGAAACCAGUACCAUACCCAGUCAGGGUACCAGUCAAGGUUGCCGUGCCAGUACCUCAACCCUACCCCGUUGAAAAGAUCGUACAUGUGCCUUACAAAGUUUUCGUUGACAAGCCAUACCCCGUGAAAGUUUUGGUACCCCAACCUUACCCAGUUACCAAACACGUACCUUACCCAGUCAAAGUACAUGUACCAGCUCCAUACCCCGUAGAGAAGCGUGUUCCAUACCCAGUUAAAGUACCAGUACAUGUUCCACAACCUUACCCAGUUGUCAAACAUGUUCCAUACCCAGUCAAAGUACCAGUCGACCGUCCAUACCCAGUACAUGUUCCUCAGCCAUACCCAGUCCAUGUCGAAAAGAAGGUUCCAUACCCAGUAGACAGACCAGUACCAUACCCAGUCAAAGUACCAGUUGACAGGCCUGUACCUUACCCAGUAGAAAAACCAUACCCAGUACCCGUCAAAGUACCAUACCCAGCACCUUACCCCGUCGAAAAACCAGUAGCUGUACCUGUUAUCAAACAUGUUGGAGUACCUGUGAAAGUACCAGUCGACAGGCCAUACCCAGUUACUGUAGAAAAGCACGUUCCAUACCCAGUUGAGAAGCCUGUUCCAGUACCAGUCAAGGUACCCGUGCCAGUACCAGUUAAGGACUACGGUGGUGACUAUGGAUCAUAUGGUUCUUACGAUGGUGGCUACCAAGAAAGCUACGGAUAUGACAGCUACGGCCACAAAUAAUUUGUCUCAGAAAUCCACACUAUGUGUGCUACUUGUAUAUUCUGUUUCUUAUUUAUGUGACUUCUGUGUUAUCUAUUCUUAAUAAACUUCUGUUUUAUUUUUGUAAUUCUCAUUGUUCGUUAUUUAUGAUGCCAAACUAAGGAGAUUAUUCUUGUAAUUUAUAUUCUUCAAUAAAUCCGUUGAACGAA